GUGUGCUUGAGUCUGGUGUCGGUAGCGGAAGAUGGCUGACAGCGGAGGUAUCAUCGCGAAAAGAUGCGACUCAGGCAACGUUUCCACUGUGAGUAUGGAGACCAUCUCAGCCCUGACGGAGCUGGAGGACCUGGAGAGAGUUUACCAACAGCUCUGCGUGGAGGAGAAAGAUGUGGAGGUGGAGCUGGAGAGACUAGUGGGGCAGGAGGGAACCAUUCACACAAAGAUGUUGGCCCUGCAGAGGAUGGGACCAAACUUACAGUUAAUUGGAGGAGAUGCCAGUCAGUUGUCAGGUAUGAUCACAUUUACCUGCAGCCUGGCUGAAAACGUCAGCAGAAAAGUCAGACAGCUAGAUCUGGCAAAGACACGGCUGUAUAACGUUAUCCAGCGAGCUGAUGAUAUCCUCGAUCUGAAGUUUUGCACUGAUGGUGUUCAGACAGCUCUGCGCAAUGAGGACUAUGAACAGGCUGCUGCACACAUCCAUCGAUACCUUUCUCUGGACCAGUCAGUAAUCGAAUUGAGCAGGCAGGGAGAAGAAAGUAGUGCUGUAGAUGCCAGUCUAGUGAUGCUGCAAGAGGCAGAGCAGAAGCUGAAGGUCAUUGUUGCUGAGAAGCUUGACGAAGCUGUUGCUGCUGUUGAUCUUGCACAAGUGGAAAGGUUUUUCAAAAUCUUCCCUCUGUUGGGCCUCCAUCAGCAGGGACUCGCCCGAUUCGGUCAAUAUCUCUGCACUCAGCUUGCCUCCAAAGCUGAAGAGAACCUGCUUUUAGCUACAGGAGGAGACGUAAGUGACAAGAGAGCGCCACUAAUAUUUGCAGACACUCUGACACUUCUGCUAGAAGGCAUUGCCCGUGUUGUUGAGACCCAUCAGCCCAUAGUGGAGACAUACUACGGUCCAGGACAUCUGUACACACUCAUCACUCACCUGCAGCAAGAAUGUGACAAACAGGCACAGAAAAUAGUCGACAAGUUCAUUCAACAGAGAGGAUACCACAACAAGUUUCAGAUUGUUCAAAACAGUAUGAUGAAGACUAUUCCAGGGGAGAGGAUUGAGCCCAGGGAACUGGAUCCUGUACUGACAGAAGUAACUCUGAUGAAUGCAAGGGCAGAGCUCUACCUACGAUUUUUACGGCGUCGCAUUAUGGCUGACUUUGAAGUUGGGGACAUUCAGAGCAUUACACGAGAGCACCAGCAGAAUGUAGAAAAGCUUCUGAAACACUGUUUGCUGAGCAGGACCAUGCAGGAGCUGAUCGGUUACUACAUACCGAUGGAAGAGUACUACAUGAGGGAAUCUGUUAACAAGGCUGUUACUAUGGAUACCUAUGAAAAGGGUCAGCUGACCUCCAGCAUGGUGGAUGACUGUUUUUAUAUUGUAAAGAAGUGCAUCAGCAGAGCUUUAUCCAGCUCCAGUAUCGACUGUCUCUGUGCCAUGAUCAACCACGCCAACUCUGUGCUGGAGUCAGAUUUCAGGGAGGUGUUGUAUAAUAAGCUGCGGCAAGGCUUCCCAGCGACAACACUUCAGGACAUCCAGCGUGGCGUCAGCAGUGCAGUCAGUCUGAUGCAGAGCAGCUUACAGCAGGGCAAGUUUAACACACUGGGCAUCGAGAGUGCAGAACACGCCAAGGCCGCAUUUCUGGUGACUCUGAAUAAUGUUGAGGUGUGUAGUGAGAAUAUCACAACUUUAAAAAGGAACCUUGAGAACGACUGCUCCAAGUUGUUCACACAGGGGACAGCUUCUGGUGAACAAGCCAAGAUUGAGAGCUGCUUGUCCGACCUUGUCAACACAUCCACCAAGUUUAAAGAUCUCUUACAGGAGGGUCUGACUGAAUUAAAUACAACAGCCAUAAAGCCUCAGGUCAAACCCUGGAUCAGUGGCUUCUUGUCUAUCUCACACAACAUAGAAGAGGAGGAGUUUAAUGAUUAUGAGGCUAAUGAUCCGUGGGUGCAGCAGCUCAUCGUUAACUUGGAGCAGCUCAUGGCAGAGUUCAAGAUGGCACUGUCUCCUGUUAUCUACGACACACUGACCAGCCUGAUGACCAGCUUAAUAUCCAUUGAAAUGGAGAAGACGGUCCUCAAGUGCUCUUUCAGCAGGCUGGGAGGGCUGCAGUUCGAUAAAGAGCUCCGGUCUCUUGUGGCGUACCUCACCACGGUGACCACCUGGACCAUCAGGGACAAGUUUGCUCGUCUCACACAAAUGGCCACCAUUCUCAACCUAGAGCGGGUAACUGAGAUCUUGGAUUAUUGGGGCCCAAACUCAGGCCCGCUGACGUGGAGGUUGACACCGGCAGAGGUCCGCCAGGUCCUUGCUCUGCGUAUUGACUUCAGGAGUGAAGACAUCAAAAGGCUGCGAUUAUAGUCCAUGAACCAGUGUGCUAAUAACAAUUUUUAUCUGUCUUGUGAUGAUGCAUUUCACAAAAGUGCUUUACAAAAACCAGGUGUAAAUGGACACAAGUUGCGGAAAAUGAGCUCAUCCAGGAUGUUUUAGUGAGGUUGUCAGACUGUACUUUCUAUUUCUGCACCAUAGUAACAAAAAAUGCUUUUAGGUGCAGGGUUUGUGAUUACAUACUGAGGACGUAGCAGUGUUUAUAAGGUUUAGAUAUAAAAUAUGGGAGUAUGCUGAAAUGUGUAAUUAAACAGUGUAAGUCUGUAAUUUUGUCACACUGGGAGUUUUAACCUGUAACUGUUCUGUGAAACGAGGACACUGUGGGACUGAGGAGUGGAGCUGUGCUGCUGUCAGUGAAACAGAGCAGUAAUGAACAUCAUACCCAUUAAACUGACAGAAGCAGGUCAGACAGCUGAUCCAGCCUAGUCAUUCAAUAUAUGAAUAGCUCCUUGUCCGUGAGGAUGGAACACUUUUAACCUAAUAAAUUGAGAGCUGCUGCGCAAUGCUUCUGAUCCCUGCCAUCCGCCACAUUUCACGAAGUGCUGCCCUAUCGCUAAGCGAGACCUGCUCCCAAUCUUUUAUACAUAUUUCUGACAAUAAAUACAAAGCUGUGUUUGCUGGGCAAUGAAGCAUUAAAAGUGGUCCAUUCUCAUAAUGUUUAGCCUAAUUUCCUGGUCUAACCUAAUUCUGUGCACAGAUUAAAGCAGGUCAGUGUGUGUUUAAAGUUUUGCUGAGCGGACAGUGCUGCAAUCAUACACUUAUUUUUGUCGUCAGUGCUCUUACCUUACAGUGUAAUCAGAGUCAGACCAUGAACGCAGGAAUAGUUAGGAAAAGUGUGGCUUUAAUGUAAACACAACAUUCGAUUGGCUCAGCACAAACAUUCCACAUGAGAGCAACCAAUAAUCUACUGAAUAGGAUGGGGUGCAGCACAAAAACAUUCACAGUAAAAAAAAUCUGGUAUAAUCAUAAUAUAUAUAUACAGUACGGUGCUUUUAAGGUGAAAAUGGAGAUAGGAUAUGAGGGCUGAUAUGUGAUAGGUAAGAGUAUACAGGAAUAGGAGGAUGAAUUUCUGGGUGCACAGGUGAAAAUGGAGAGCUGUACUUUUUCUCUGUGGCAAGAGAAACGUGACAGAUGGGGAUGAUGGUUCCCUGUUUACUCAUCAGGGGAGGCGAGAGUUAAGUGUCCCGAAUCCCUGGACAGAGGCUGCCUCAAAUGAUAUUGUUCUCCUGGUGUGGUCAUCUAUUUCUAAACAGAUUCACAUAGGGGUCGGGGUAAAGCACCACACAGAGAACAAGAUGCCAUUGGAGGGCUGCUUUGUACCCUCUGAUCAUAGACAGGAUUUUUUAUACCCCAGUUUUUCAUGACAUGAAAUAAAUAUGUGGCACGGGAUUUGAGGAGGUAGGAGGAGGCAUGUAGGGCAUGAGGCUUAAAUAAAUAAAUCAUCAUGACAAUAAAAUGUUAUUCUCUUACUUAAAAAAUAAUAGAUGACAGUAUGAACGUGAACUAUGGACUCUGAUUCUAAUCCCCUAUCUGUCGUUCUCAGAUGGUUGGCACCGAUAUGAUGUGUGUUUUGAGAUAUCAUUGGCUGACAGACAUUUCCUCAUGCUACAGGAGGCCAAUGGCAAGGGGCAGCCACUCUGAACAGAAGAAUCCUCUCUUUCAGUAUUUUUU